AGUGAUGCAAUAAUGUUCAAAACGAUUAGACAUCUAGCGCUCUAUAUCAUCUCCAUAGAUAAGUAAGAGGAGACGGGACUUAGAAAUAUCUAAUAAUGGAGGUGGCUCUUUUCCUGAUCUUUUGCUUCCUAUUAUCAUUCCUUCUCCUCGCAGCCGCUGUCAGAUCCCAAGGGAGAUCCACCGCACUUCCUCCAGGACCUCCGGGAUGGCCAAUCAUUGGAAACAUUCUCCAAAUCGGGAAAGCUCCCCAUCGUUCACUUGCCGACCUAUCAAAAAUUUAUGGACCAGUCAUGAGUCUUAAGCUUGGAAGUUUAACCACAGUGAUCAUUUCCUCACCAGAGGCUGCACGAGAGGUGCUUAAAACACAUGAUCAAGUCCUGUCUGGACGAAUCAUCCUCGACCCAAUUCGAUCCAUCCACCAAGAUGUCUCCAUCGCCUGGCUACCUUCAACGUCCCCUCGUUGGAGGUUAUUGAGAAAGAUAUCGGCGACUCACAUGUUCUCCCCACAGUGUCUCGACGCCACCAAGACCGUGCGCAUGAAGAAAGUGAAUGAACUUGUAACCUUUAUAAGCGAAAUAUGCGAAAGAGGAGAGUCCGUCAACAUUGCUCGUGCCUCCUUCGUCACAUCACUCAAUCUAAUUUCAAACACUCUAUUUUCGACAGACUUGGGUAGUUAUGACCCGAGAACCUCCAUGGAGCUCCAAGAAUCGGUGGUUCGCAUAAUGGAAACCAUUGGGAAACCAAACCUAGCCAACUAUUUUCCACUUAUAGGGUUUAUUGACGUGCAAGGUAUCCGGAAAGAGAUGAAAGUAUGCUCAGAUGUGUUGUUUCAGGUUUUUCAAGGGUUCAUCGAUGCUCGGAACAAUGACAAAUCAUCUCGGAGCGAAGGUGAUCUCUUGGAUUCGCUGAUGGAUUUAGUCAAAGAAAAUGGAUCCGAGCUCAACGUGAACGACAUCAAACACUUUCUCUACGACUUGUUUCUUGCAGGGACUGAUACGAACUCCACCACGGUGGAAUGGGCAAUGGCUGAGCUACUUCGCAACCCUAAGACAAUGGCUAAAGCUCAAGCUGAGAUGGACGACGUGGUAGGUCCAAAUGGUGUAGUUCAGGAGUCACACAUCUCGGAUCUUCCGUAUUUACAAGCAUUAGUGAAAGAGACUCUCCGUUUGCACCCACCGGGUCCACUUCUGGGACCACACAAAGCCGAGACAAAUGUAGAGGUUUUAGGGUUUCUCGUGCCUAAGAAUGCUCAGGUUUUGGUAAAUGCUUGGUAUAUUGGACGAGAUUCGAGCGUUUGGGAAAACUCAGAGCAGUUUGAGCCAGAGAGGUUUCUGGUGGGACGAGAAAUUGAUGUGAAAGGUAGAGAUUUUGAGCUUAUACCUUUUGGAGCUGGACGACGAAUAUGCCCUGGAAUGUCUGUGGCUAUGAAGACAGUACCUCUUAUUCUUGCUUCUCUUCUUCAUUCUUUUCAGUGGAAGCGUCAGAACGGUGUCUUUCCUGAGGAUUUGAACAUGGACGAGAGCUUUGGUGUUACUUUGCAUAAGACCAACCCACUUUGUGCAGUCCCGGUUAAGAAGCGUGUGAAUGGUUAGUCUUAGGUAACUCUUGGUUUGCUUUGUAUAAUAAGUAACUAGAUGAUAACCCGUGCCUUGUACGGGAUAAGAUUGUUUUAAAGAUAUUAAGACGUUAGGUAUAUUUAUUUUGGAUAUCAGUUUAGUUUUGGGUUGUUUUCGGGUUUUAAGAUCCUAUGAUAUAAAUACAUUCUAAAUUCAUAUUUAUUUUUGUUUGUUCGGUUAAAAUGGUUGAGAUUUUUGGGUUUUUAGUGAUAAACUAAAGACUAUUUGUA